GUUUAAACGAAUUGAGAUUAUCGACAAAAUGAACACCUGUACGAUAUAUGUGCUAUCUGUGCUCUUCCUUUAAGAUUAUCGCAAAGUGGACCACGGUCGGGUAGAUAAGAUUGUCCACAGUGUAUGCACUUGGGAAUGAAGCUGAUCAACAUGCCCGCGAUGGCCGCUGACUCCGUCAACCAAAUAUUGGGACCUAUUUUGGGUCAGUACAACAACACAGCCUGCGUGGGUAACACAGCAGCUUCUAAAAUGUGCCAUAUCACCGCUAUUAUUGGCACCAGUGUCUGCGACAGCUCCAAUUUAAAAAUAAUCGCAAUUGGGAUGACCGCCGCCAACCUUCCUGAUGCGGGUAUGGAGAUGUCCGGUGUGAUCAGAAGUUGUGGAGUCCUUAUGAGUGGUGACACCCUGAAAUGCACACCGAUUAUUGACCUCGUACAGGCCGAACAGAAAGCGAACUUCCUCUCCCAGCUAUCACUGUUAUCUGCCCAAUAUAAGAAAGUCACAUACAAUGGGCACCAUUGUCAGUCGGUUGACGGCUCCACAUGGCCCACCAUCACGGACUCAUUUACCAUGGCUCCUGUACCCACGGUAUCAAGAGAUACUGUAAGCAACACGCAGGAUUCUACUAAACACACCUUUGACAAGGAAUGUCCACAGUGCAUGUAUGCUGGAGUGAAGCCGAUCAACAUGCAUGCGAUUCACGCUGACGUCGUCAACGAAAUAUUGGGACCUUUGUUGGGUCAGAACAACAACACAGCCUGCCUGGGUAACACAGCCGCUUCUGACAUAUGCCGCAGUACCCCCGUGAUUGGCACCAGUGUCUGCGACAGCUUCAAUUUUAAACUAACCGCAAGUGGGAUGACCGCCGCCAAUCUUCCUGAUGCGGGUAUCGAGGUGUCCGUUGUGAUCAGAAGAUGUGGGGUUCUUAUGAGUGGUGACACCCCGAAAUGCACACCGAUUCUUGACCUCGUACAAGCCGAACAGAAAGCUAUCACUGUUGUCUGCUCAAUAUAAGACAGUCACAUACAAUGGGCACCAUUGUCAGUCGGUUGACGGCUCCACAUGGCCUAUCAUCACGGACUCAUCUACCAUGGCUCCUGUACCCACGGUAUCUAAAGUUUCUGUUAGCAACACGCAGGAUUCUGACAAAUACACCUUUGACAAAAGUAAUUCUGGAAACCGUUUGGGCUUAGCUAGGAAUCUCAUUAUGAUGGGUUUGGUGAUUCUUCGAUUUUAUGAGUAAAAAAAGUACAAAUCUGCAUAUUACAGAAGCGGCAAAUAGGUCGAAUACCGUUGACUGUUUGUUGUAUAACUCUGUAAGACUAUAAUCUAGAACUGCGUUGUUUUUUAUCAUCCAAUUCGGGACAUAAACAAUACCGCUAAUUAAAUAAUUCAACCGAUGCGGGAAACACGUAACUGUUAAAAAAGAAAAUGCUCUAUGGAGAUCUAUUUAUAUAGUGUAUUAUAUGUCAAAAGUCAUGCCAAUAGAUUUUAUUAUUAGCAAUACCAUGUUGAA